AUUUAAAAUUAAACAUAAAUACUUUCUAGCAACCAAAAUUCUUUGGAAAGUAAUGUUGAAGGUUAUACUAAAUCAAAUUGUAAGUAUAUCUUAAAAAAUGUCAUGAAAUCCCCACUGAGUUACAAUGCCUACAUCAACCUGAUAUAGAAUGUGGUGUUAUCUUCUUAAAUAUAUGUAUUUUUUUAGUAUUAUUGAUUAAAAUAUAGAGGAAUUGUGAUGUUUUGGUUCAUAUAAAUGUCUAAAGUACCCAACAAAGAGCAGGAUGAGCAUUUCGAAGGUGGCCACGUUGAUCAUCUCGUUCGUGAAGGGCACGAUGAUGACGGACAUGAUGUAGCCGAUGACGACGAACCAGAAGAGGAAGAUAUGAACCUGGAUCCAAAUUUUGAGAUGUUCUUUACUUUUAGUCUUGACACCAACGAUGAGCACAAUCCCGGUGACUACCUGGAUGGAGGAGAGGAGCAGAUCGGACAAGAAGGCGUAGUACAUGACUACGGAAUCCUGUUCCGGGGCCGCUUCCUCGAGGAUGACCAGAUCUUGGACGAUGGUCGCUAUGCCGAAGAGGGUCUCCAGGUGGCCUAUGACACAGCAUCCCGUCAUCAAGCUCAUGCAGAAGCAGAACGUCUCGAAUCUCGGGAGCCACUUCGUCAUUGUUACCUUUAA